UACCAGCCAUGCAUGCUCGCAGCUGCUUUUCACUACUGUUCCUGUCAUUUUUAAGAGCGGGUGCUCUCUUCGGUUACGGUGUAAGUCGUUGCCUGUUGACUUCCACUCAUGAAGCUGUUUAUCUGGAACAAAUCUACUUUAAUAAAGUGCUUCUUGGCCAAUACAACAGCACCUCAGGAAACUUUACCGGCUACACAAAAAUCGCAAAGGAAGUUGCAGACGACCUUAACAAGAACCCAUCUUUUUUGAAACAAGAACAAAAGAAUGUAGAAACAUGCAAAACCAAAAUGCCACCGGCAGUUGAACUCCUUUCAAAACCAGUCGAGCCCUACGUCAAGCUGCGGUCAGUUGAGACAGUGAGCAGCAGACAUCCAGGCAUGCUUCUCUGCAGUGCGUACAACUUUUAUCCCAAACAAAUCAGAGUGACAUGGCUGAGGGAUGGGAAGAUGGUGACAUCUGAUGUGACGUCCUCUGAUGAGUUGUCCAAUGGGAAUUGGCUCUACCAGAUCCACUCCUAUCUGGAGUAUGCACCCAGACCUGGAGAGAAAAUCACAUGUAUGGUGGAGCAUGCCACCCUCAAGGAGCCCACACUUUAUGACUGGGAUCCCAUGUCUGAGUCACAGCAGAAUAAGAUUGCUGUUGGGACAGCAGGGCUAGUGCUGGGUCUGGUCCUUUUUCUUGUUGGGGUGAUUUACUACAAGAAAAAUGCUACUGAUCGGGUGUUGGUGCCAUCAAGUUAAGGUAGUCUGCCACUUUUGGCUGAAAUAGUUGUAAUACAAGCAAUAAUGUGAAGUUAUCCAAACCAAAAUGGUAGAAAAUAAAAUGGAUAAGAAGGUUUUUAUGAGGAAUAAGAGCUUUGCUCAGUUCCUGGGGAUAUUGAUAUGUUUUAUAUCUGCAUCAAUAAUAUAUGUUUUAAUAUUAAUUUAUAAAAAAGUAAGCUUUUAUUGAAGUUUUAAAUAUCUUGUCAACACCGAAAUUAGGGACAUAUAAACACAAGUUUGGCCCUAAAUCAUAUGUAAUAUUUUGAUUAACUACAAUCAGGUUGCGUGUUCUGUGUCAGUAAGGUAAAGUGGAAAGUAAGUCCCAUUUUCUUUUGUAAUGUAUAAAUCCUGAUGAUUUAAGAGAGCUAAUCUUUUGGUUCAACUAAACAGAAGAAGGCAAGAUAGACUACUUAACUGGUAUUUACUUGAAUUUGUCAGUGAUACACAGAUUUUGUUGUAGAUGGUGAAAGUCUGAGGAUAAGACUGUGAAAAUUGUUUUCUUGUUUGAAAACGUAUACUGUACACUACACUUUGAUUCUGGUUCUUAGGAACUGCUGGUAUCUUGUAAGGCCUUGCAGGCUGGGCAUAGUUGUAUACGUGACAAAAUAAUAAAACUUUCACUCAUUCAUUACUUCAAGUUAUAAUAAUCUCAUGAUCUGAUA